GCCCGAUCGCCAGUUUGCGUUCAGAGCUGAACUACUACGGCAGGCAUCCCAGCAGCAGGCUUCUCCUGGUGAUUACGAACGAUGGCUAGCAAGAAGGAUAACCUCACCGCUGUCCUGUAUGGCAUCGAAGAUCUGCGCCUUGAACAACGACCUAUUCCUGUACCGAAAGACGAUGAGGUGCUGCUGGAAAUGGAUUGCGUCGGUAUCUGUGGUUCCGACGUGCACUACCUGGUGGCGGGCCGUAUUGGAGACUUUAUCGUGAAGAAACCGAUGAUUUGUGGUCACGAGGCAGCAGGAAUCGUAGCGAAACUGGGUGCCAACGUUAAGUCGCUGAAAGUGGGCGAUCGUGUAGCGAUCGAGCCUGGCUAUGGGUGUCGCGUGUGCGAGUACUGCAAGGCCGGUGACUACAACCUGUGUCCGGAUAUGAUCUUCUGUGCCACACCGCCGUGCGACGGCAAUCUCACUCGGUACUAUACACAUCCGGCAGAUUUUUGCUAUAAGCUGCCUGACCACGUCACCAUGGAGGAAGGAGCACUGCUGGAACCGCUGUCGGUCGGUGUGCACGCGUGUCGCAGGGCCGGAGUUGGACUUGGCUCGCACGUGCUGGUGCUCGGUGCUGGACCAAUCGGACUGGUUACCUUGAUCGUGGCCAAACAGAUGGGAGCAGACAAAGUGCUCAUUACCGAUUUACUUCAGAAUCGGCUCGAUGUGGCUAAAGAGCUAGGUGCCGAUGAAACGUUUCUCAUUCCGAAGGACAUUUCCGAGCCGGAGCUGGUUAAACUCAUCCACGAUCGAAUGGGUUGUGCCCCAGACAAAACCAUCGACUGCAGUGGUGUGGCAGCUACGGUUAGGCUUUCGUUUUUGGCUACCAAACCGGGAGGAUGCAGUGUCAUCGUGGGAAUGGGAGCAGCAGAGGUCAAAGUGCCGCUGGUUACUGCCCUAGUCCGAGAGGUGGAUGUUCGCGGGGUAUUCCGUUACUGUAACGAUUAUCCUGCUGCUUUGAGUCUGGUAGCAAGCGGUAAGAUUAAUGUGAAACGUCUCAUUACACACCACUUCAACAUCGAGGAAACUGCCGAAGCUUUUAACACUGCGCGACAUGGACUUGGCGGAGCAAUUAAAGUGAUGAUUCACGUGCAGCCAAAGGACAAGAACAAUCCAAAAUAAAAAACAGAAUGUGAAAAUGGGUUUAUAUGACCAACCCAUAGUUAAA